AUGGCGCCGGGCAUGAGCCAACAGCUAUGUCAGUGGUGUCUUAUCUUCAGUGGACUCUACCUACAGGUGCUCUCUUUAUCUCCCAGAAGGAGCGGUGAAAACUGCAGUGACAUCCCUGGCUGGGCAGAUUCUGAAGGAUACACCUGUGCUGAGUAUGCCAACAAGAGUUGGUGUACCUCUGAAGGAAGGCCUGGUAGGGGAUGGAACGACCCUGAUAGUGGCCUGGAAGACCUUUGGAACGCUGGCUAUUCAGCGCAAGCUGCCUGUUGCACCUGUGGAGGUGGACAGGUGAGUCACAUCAACGGAAUGUGGCAAGUGCUGCGAGGUUCGUGCAUCGUUGAAGGGAAUUGCAUCAUGAGUCCAAACUAUCCAGAGAACUACAGCACGGAUGAGGGCUGCGUCAUUCUGGUGAACAACUCGUUGGCUCAGCCUCUGAAAACUGUAUCUUGGGAUGUUGAGUAUUGGUUCGACUACCUGAAAAUCAACAACCGAGACUUCAGUGGUGCCUAUCAGCCAGAUGCCGGGCUCAUUCCCAACGGCUCCAACGGCUCCAUCUAUUGGAUCUCCGAUGAAGAUGUCACUGGAAAGGGCUGGAAGCUUUGUGCCAACAACAGCGUGCCGGAAGCGCUAGCGGUACGGGAAUCGGAAGUGGUGACCACUUCGGGCAGCCCCGCUUCAGCUUCCAGCCUCCCUUCCAGCAGCAGCAGCUCCAGCAGCUCCAGUGCCACGGCUGCUGCUACCAGCACCACUAUCAGCAAAUUGGUUGAAACCACCACGACCACCACGACCACCACGACCACCACGACCACGACCACGACUACCACAACGGUGGAGAGCACCACAACUGAGAAGAGGAGUUCCAGCACGGAGCCAAGGUCGGAGCCACCCAACGACCAGUGUGCGGAUGUCGAUGGCUGGGAAGAUUCGGCAGAAUUCACGUGUGCCGAGUACGUUGAAGAAGAGUGGUGUACUCCGAGCGGUGGAACUGGCGAACGCUGGAACCCCAUGUGGGGAGAGCCUUCGGACUAUUGGCACGCGGGCUUUUCAGCCCUGGAAGCUUGCUGUGCCUGUGGUGGUGGAAAGAUCAAGGAGAUUCCGGACUUGUGGAUGAUCUUGUCGGGGCCGUGUAGCAUCGUGGAUGGAUGCAUUCAAAGUCCCAACUAUCCAUCCAACUACAGCGACAACCAACGGUGCACCAUUCUGGUGAACGACGCAUUGGCAAGGCCCAUCGAGGUUGUGUCCUUCGCGACGGAGUAUGGCUAUGACAAAUUGUUCAUCAACGGCAGACCCUUCAGUGGGCGAAAAAAACCUCUGAAGGUCUUGCCUCACUACUCCAUCUCUUGGGAGUCGGACGAAGACACCACGGACAAAGGCUGGAAACUCUGUCCAGGCCAACAUUUUCGAGGUCCAGGGAUGUUUUCGCCUCCUGAGGGCCCCUGCACCCUGGAUGCGGAGGGGUGUGUGCUGAGCCCGAACUAUCCAGACAAUUAUGGUCCAAACCAAGAUUGCGCCAUCCAAGUCUUCAACCCGGAGAACCGGAGUAUCACGGUGGAGAAAUUUUCCACCGAGAUGCUUUACGACGUGAUGUGGGUGAAUGGCCGCAUGUAUGCUGGAAAGGCCAGCCCACAUGGAUUGGUCCCCCGAGAAGCUAUUCAAUGGAGCACUGAUGAGGAUACCCAGGACAGUGGUUGGAAGCUUUGUCCUGGUCCUGUUGGACAGCAAGUGGAAAACAUUGGUGGCAUCGAUGAGGAAGAAGGCAAGGAAGAAGAUGAGUAUGGAUAUCAAGGAGCCUCGCGCACCGCGGCACCGUUGGCACCGCGAUCAACGCCGGAAGCCUCAGGCUCCCAGUUGGGUCUGGAGGAGGAGCAAACAACCAGUGGCAACUUCAUCUUCAAGGCGGCUCUCGCUGCGGCUGCCCUCUGUCUGGGUGGAGUCUUGUGUCUGCGCUUCCGGCGCCGGAGCGCUGGACGUGAAGAAUACGGCACCCGCUACGGCCGGAGCUACGUCAUGGACAACUUGUGA